CUUGUCCACCAUCUUCAUUCAACACAAGGCCCAUUACGCUGAUAAUACCAAAAAAAAAAAAAAAAACAGAGAGAGAGCUAGAGAGAGAAAGAAAAGAGAUGGCACCCAUAUCUCCUACCUUUCUCUUCAUCUUAUCAGCAAUGGGCUGUGUUCUGGUGGCACCGUCGGUCGCGAUGGAUCAUAUCGUGGGAGGGAGCACUGGGUGGACCAUCGUCUCCAAUGCCACCUUCUACCAGGCAUGGGCCGAAAAACGGACGUUUUUCGUCGGUGACAGACUGGUGUUUUUGUACACAACGGGCCUCCACAGCGUGACAGAGGUAUCGAAUGAGAGCGAUUUCGAAGGGUGUAACAAAGGAUCGAUGGUGGAUGAGUAUUUCAGUGGGCCCACGAGGGUGAUCCUGACCACACAAGGGAACCACUACUUCUACUGUGGAAUAGGGGCGCAUUGCAAGGCUGGGCAGAAGCUCAAGAUCGCUGUAACUGAGCCAGAACCCACUGAUGGUGUGUACGGUGCAUCAUCUUCAGCCAAUUUGAUUCGUCAACGUGGCACACUUUCUUUGCUAUUAUUCUUAAUAUUGUAUUUUUUGAUCAUGUAACGGAGGAAGUCCGUCGCGAUGUCCCGCAUCGGAUCAUUGUUGCGGCCCCAUGUGUAAAAUUCCACAAGAAAUUGCCAUCGUUUCGAUUAGAAUUUUGUGAAGAAGAUAUCUCGUCGAGGCAACUUUUAUUUUUAUUUUUAUUUU